UAGAGCAACUAUGGAGCUUCAGGUCUUGGUACUAUUGUUGUUUGGGUUGGCCCUAGGACGGUCUCAGGAUUCGUCUACUGCCGACAGUGACACUUGUCGCGGGCGAAUGCAGAGUCCGAUUGCAUUGUCAACAGCAAGGUCGAUAUUGACUAUGGAAAGGACACCGUUACAACUGAUGAAUUACCAGUUAGAUCCUUCCCAGGUGACGGUAACAAAUGACGGACAUACGUCCGUCUACUCGUUCGAAUUUCCCAACGGGCAAGUGGUUACCAAGCAAGGCGGGCCUCUUAAAGAGGAAUAUCAGUUCCAAAGUUUACACUUUCAUUGGGGAGCCAAUUCAGCUCGUGGUUCCGAGCAUACACUCGAUGGACGCCGUUACGCCAUGGAAAUGCAUCUGGUAUUUUUCAACAGAAAAUACGGGGAUUUCCUAGCAGCUCGGAACCAAUCGGACGGCCUUUCCGUAUUAGGAAUCUUUUUGACAAACAGCACAACCGAACCGGAUUACGGAUGGAUUUCGGCACUGAACGAAGUCCAAAAUGCGGGAGAUAGCUAUGUUUUACCCGAUCCCACUGUAUUUAACAUCAAGGGACUGAUUGGUGCGAGACGAAGACCUUACUUCUCGUACCAUGGAAGUUUGACCACACCGCCUUGCUUCGAAUCGGUUACCUGGAUUGUGCAGCGAAAGACGCUUCCUAUAUCCGAGAGACAGCUGAACGUUUUUCGAUCGUUGCGUGACAGCAACGGUAACCCACUGGUCGACAACUAUCGGGAGCUGCAGAAUCUUAACGGAAGAUCAGUGUUUUACUAUCGAUAAAGUUGGAAAUGAUAUACAAAGGAUUUUGAAUUCGAUCUGUU